AUGGACGUGGAAACAGCUGUCGCUGCAGCAUUAUGUGCUGUGGCUUAUUACAAUUAUGCGUUUAUUCGAGAAAAAAAAGUUAUCAAAAGACGUUGGAAAAAACGAAGAUGGUGGAUGACAGCAAUACAUCGCAACAGAACAAGUGAAACAAUGGAGAAACAAUUAUCAGAACUAAUUUACGAACCCAGUCAGAUAAAUCUGGAGAUAAUAGGCGAUCUGGUAUGUGGAGUAAGACUGAAUGUUGCAUGUUCGUGUUAUAAUUGUCACUUUGUUGUGACAGAUGUUGUUGAGACGGUUGUUGCUGUGACAGAAUUUGUUGAGACGGUUGUUGCUGUGACAGAAGUUGUUGAGACGGUUGUUGCUGUGACAGAUGUUGUUGAGAUGGUUGUUGCUGUGGUAGAUGUUGAGACUGUUGUUGUUGUGGCAGCUGUUGUUGUGUUGGAGACGGUGACAUAUAAUAUGAUAAUGCUGGGG